CAUAGUGUCGUGCAUUCUCGGUGCAGGCCCAGCUGGUCUGUUUACCUGGGUUUCAUCUGGAAAUGAAGACAUGCUGCACAUUGAAGAUUCUUUUUCUGAAAUCUCUUGUGGAAGUAAAUCUACGGUUGAGGUUCAACAUAUUCGUGAUAAAAGGCUCUGGUUCCUGCAGCAGAACCAGGCUUCAGAUGGUGUUAAACAUGUAAUAGACCAACAACACCAGCACGAGCAACCGACAGAAAAUUCUAAGUGUCAGAAAGAGGUCCCAAAACAAUAUAACUGUAAUAAAGACCCACUUUCUUGUGACUGGGAGCAGUAUUCUGAGCUGCCAGCAUAUGACCAAAGUGUGGAGACUUCAGUGCCUCACCAUCCUGGAACCCUACAAGAGAUGACACACAAACCAUUGCUGCCUAAUAUUUUAGAAGCUGGUGAACUAGAAACAUACAAGGAGCUUAAAAGUUGCCCCCGGUUGUCAGUUCUGUUACACAAUCAAGAUCUUGCAGGAAGUGGUCUGGUAAAGGAUCAGCCUAGCCCAGACCAAGACCAAGGGUACUUUAGCUUGGAAGAUUGGUCAAAUAUUAAUUGUGAGAAUAUUCCAAUCCACCAGUCAUGCACAAUUGUGGCAGACUAUGAACAUCAAAAUCCUUGUGCAAGCACAACAGAGCUAUCCAAUUCUAGUGAUUGUGAUGGGGAUGAUUCUGAUCUCGAAGAACUACCUGUUUUUACCCGUCCUGUAUGUGCCAACCAGCAUAUCAGAUAUAUUUUGGGGACAGUAUCCAGUGAUGAGGAUGAUAAAAGCUCUUGCUCUGACAGUGAACACUCUGUAGCUGCUGAGGAUGAUGAUGAUGGCUUUGACAGUGAAGGGUCAGUGUCUGAAACAGAUUGCGAGGAUCAAGAUGCAGAAGGAGUGGAACUCUGGAAUUCCUUUUACACAAUGGACCCCUAUAACCCUCAAAACUUCACUGCCAUAUUGCAUACAGGUGCUGCAGCAGAGGAAGUAUCCCACCUGGCAGUGGAAAACGAGGACAUCCCAUCUGAUCAGGAGUCAUGGUGUGACAGUGAUGCUCUGUCUGCAAGUGACAGUGAGGAUGAAUAUAGUGCAGAUGAAGAGGAGAAUCUCAAACUUUGGAACGCUUUCAACAACUUUGAUGACCCUUAUAAUCCUUUAUGCUUUAAGGCCUCCGUUCAGUCUUUCGUGAAAAAGAAUCACAACACAGAAACCAUUAGCAAAUACACAGAACUUACCUCUGCAAGCCCCCAGAACAGCACGCUGUCAAGUUUUUGUCACGCUGAUGUCUCCAUGUUUCCGCAGACUGAUAACAAGCAUGUCCAGCAAGUGGACGCUAAUAGUGCCAAUCCUCCGCAGAAAAAGGUGACCUUCAACGAUGAAGUUACUGUAUACAACGUGUGCAGCGAAGAGGACCGGAAAGGCCCCUGGGAGGAAUUUGCCAGGGAUCGAUGCAGAUUCCAGAGGCGCAUACAAGAAACAGAAGCUGUGAUUGGACACUGCUUGACCUCAGAUCACAGACAAAAAAUUUGGGACAGUAUGAGAGAGACAUGGGGUAGUUAGCAGACCGUAAUCAUUAGGCUCCUUGCAGAAGUUUUUUCCCUUCUGCCAUUUUAAAAAUUUUACAUCUCGUUCUGAAAUCUCUGCGUAGAGGGAAGGAGUAAACGUAUAUUCCUCCAGCAGCCAGAAAUGGAAGAAUUGCCCGUUUUACUUCAGGCACUUUAAGUUUACGAACUGUAAUGUCGGUCAUGGCAAUGUUACUACUUUUUCUUUGCUUUCCAAAAUAGCACCUUCUGAUGCUUCACUAUUCUGUACAAAUCUGUCAUGUAAUCUAUGAACCCUGCAUUGCUUCUAAAUUUGAAAGCAUGGCAAUUACAGUUAAAAUUAUACACUGUAUAUCAGGCUACUCUCUGAAUCUAAAACAGAGAAGCCUGAACUGUGUAUUGCUUACCGUGUCUUGAUUUAAAUACGAUUCCUAGGUUUGGGAUGUUAGGUUAGUUUGAUUUUUAAUUAUUUAUGAUAGUAAAUUUAAUAUUUAAGUAGCUAAAAGGCACAUUUUGG